CCCUCCCAAACGCACACAUGAACGCGCACACGCACGCUCCCGCAGUAAAACUGGGCCGGCCGCGGGGCGCCGCUCAGACCCGGAGCCGCGCGGAUGAGAGACGGAGCUGCUCUGCUUCAGCCAUGCUGGACACCCUCACCUUCCUCCUGGAGAGGCUCUUCCUCCUCGCCCACGUCAAGCUGUCCAGCCUGCUGCCCCCCCGGCUGGCCCGCGGCCGUGACCGGGAGGAGCCGGCCCCGCAGCUGCCCGCCGCCGCCGCAGCCGCCGCGGCUCCGCACCGGCUGCAGCGGGGCGACCUGCUGGAGGUGCCCCGGACCCUCUUUACGCACUUCGGCAUCUACCUGGGCGACAACCGGGUGGCGCACCUCAUCCCGGACAUCCUGCCGGCGCUGAGCUCCGACAGCCGGCGGCUGCAGCAGAUGGUGACCAACAGCCGGCUGCUGCUCGGCGUGCUCUCCAAGCGCGCCAGCAUCCGGGUGGACUCCGUGGAGGACUUUGCGUACGGGGCCGGGAUCCUGCUGAACGCCAUGGACCGGGCGGUGGCCCGGAGCCCGCUGCCCGGAGAGGAGGUGGCCCGGCGGGCCGAGCGGCUGGUCGGCGGGGUGUCCUACAGCCUGCUGUGGAACAACUGCGAGCACUUCGUCACCCACUGCCGCUACGGCGCUGCGCAGAGCCUGCAGACCGACCAGUUCUGCGAGUGGCUGAAGUCGCUGAUCCGGGACCAGCGGAGCGUCCUCCUGGCCGGCCUGGUGGGCCUCCUGUCCAUGGUGUGUCUGGGAGUGUCUGCCAGCACGGCCCUGCCCACCGCCCUCAUCACCUUCACCCUGUGGAUGGCCAGCUAGGAGGCCCAGCCGGUUCAGGACAAACCCAGAGACUCUCUUCUGACAAAAAAAACACGUAGUCAAACAUCUAACCUUCCUUUCCUUCCAGCAGCCUGCCUGCAUAUCUGUGGAGAAAACGAAACAAAGAAAGAGAAAUCUGCGCGAAGAUAAGAUGGUUUAGUUGGACUCUUCUGUUGGGUUUUUAGGAGGUGACGGAGGGCGUGGCCUCGUACGAUUCAUCCGAUGGUUAACAUGGAAGUGAAGACAUGUAAAGGUCCAUUCAUACCCUACGUUUGGCCUACACGUCCGUAUUUCUGUCCGUACGUUCUAUCCGUUGACUCCUUCAUACCUC